AUUCACUCAUUCCCUUGAUUGCACCAAAUUUCCUGGACUGCCAUUUCUUUCUGUUCAUAUCGGUGAACGCCGCUAUCUAGUUUCAGCAUUGAAAGAUUCUGGGUCCAACGCUACAGUGGUUCGCAAAGAUCUUCUCCCUUCUCAUGUCCUUGGUUAUCAGCCGCAUUGGUUUCAAAUGCCUCGCACGUUUCAAUGUGCGGCUGCCAAUUCUUCCGGGGCUAUCACGGGGUCCGUUUUCUUGCGCUUUAAGUUCCAUAGUAGUAAUGAAGAGGCUAUACCAUUCUAUCAUCCGUGCCUUAUAGCUACUGAUUUGGCUAAGCCUCUCAUUAUAGGAAAUGAUAUUCUCGGAAGCGCUUACAAACUGUAUGAGACGCCCGCAUAGUUUAGUUUUUAAUCGCUCAGUUUUCGUCGAAGCUCCCUUGACGAGAAAUGAGGGUAAUUCACACCAAUUUUCAGUAGAAUUUCCCCAUUCCCAUUAUCCAGUCAAACCGCGACGGCGGCCAGUUGACAAGUGUUGAUUACAUUGUCAUUUACCCCAAAACUGGGACCAGCGUCCUUUGUCAUCUUCAAGUGGACGUUGGCUAUGCAGAACUCUCUCCAUCUACUCAAGCGAGGUGCAUCCUCCCUUCGAUCGAGAAUGUCCGGGUUGGAACGGAGGUAUUGCUGGUCGGAACAUCUGAAUCUCGAUCUAGCUGGAAAAUUGCAAGAAUCGUCGAAGCACAUCCUGACAAGAAUGGAAUAGUACGGUCUGUUACUGUUGAGAAUGAGGUCGAACUUCUUGCCCGUCUUGCCUGACCAAUUACCAAGAUUUGUCCCAUAGGGAAAGUCUCAGUUCCAAGUACGUAGAUGUUUGGUUUUGAUGAGCAAUGGGAGGAGGAUGUUCCGACGAUAUCAGAAUCUAACCGCGGGCUCGGUUUGUGGUUGCUCGUCUGCCCCAAAGUAGACUCUUCUUGGUCUUGUAGGCCCUGCAUUACGAUAACGAGUUUUCUGGUAUGAUGGUCAGAUGAAGAAAGUCUCAUCGGGAGUAUGCUUUAGUGAUUCGUGGGUGUCCUUGGAAGUCGUGUGAAAUAUACCUUGUUACAAUUUUCAUGUCUUGUGUUUAUCAAGGGUCGUGAGACAAGAGUACGCGGUGAAGAGAAAUCUUCAACUCAUACAGAGUCGUUCAGGUAAAUUUACACCAGUUUUAACUUCAUCCUGAUCAAUAACGGCGGCAUGUAGAGAACACAUUCUUUGUAUGUGAGCAGAUUAGGCUAAGUGCAUAAAUUACUCAAUGUGUCCACCUUCCAUCUCCAGCAUCUUCUCCAGCCUGAACCUAAACACCUUGUAGGUAUUAACUACGUGCGCGGGAUUGACCUUGCCCAAUGCUUAUCGAUGGAGGCCUUCAGGGCACUGAUACUAUUGUAACUGGACCUUCCCACCUUCUCUCCAACUCACCCUCGAACAAGAAGUCCAUUGGAUUGAGAUCCGACGACGGGAUCCAUCACAUCGCCUUCACUGGAUAUGAUCCCGAACAUCGUAAUGGUACCCGGAUGAUUCGUUCUGAUACGAAUGGGACGUCCUCCUUUUCCUUGGCCACCCACCUGUUCUUCUGGUUGUUGACGGACCUAUCGACGUUAAAGUUUUUCUCGUCGGAGAAGAAGAAGAGGGGUCCACCUGUUGACUUCAAGUCAUUGAGGAGUCUGGUCCCAUUGGCUACCCUGGUCGCCCUAAUCUUCUCCGUGAGGAUGUGUCGCUUGCCCAUCUUGUGCAACUUCAUCCCCAAGUCCACCCUGAUGGCCCUGGAUAUUGUGCUUCGGCUCACCAGUCUCUUCUUAGUGAGGCUGAACAUGGGUGUGUUUGGCGCGAACCGGACGGACCGCUUCAGGCCCGCCAAGAACUUUUGGGUCCGUUUCUUGUCGCUCCUCGAGGCAUGGGCUUUCCUCUUGGCAUCACCACCUGCCUUCCACUUGUUGCAGACGUUGUAAACAGUCUUAUUGUCGUAGUGAAGGAGCUUGAUGAUGGUGGCAGGGGGAUGCCCCGGGCAAAGUGAGGUGGACAAUCGCGUCACGACCUUCCUGUUCCAUGACUUUUAGUUGGUGUAAACUCACAAUUCCGUAUCUUUCGCUGACUUGUCAUACUUUCCCCUUCCCCCUUGCGUCAAAUUGCAGAAAAUAUCGCACCUCACACAUUGUUUUUUUGAACGCUUACAUAUACUUGAUGAGUUACUGU